AUGGGUCUUCAAGGCACUCCAAUCGCUCCUGGUCCCCGCAGCACCAAGGUCACCACCGACCCUCUUGCCCAGCAGCAGCCCAUCAACGAGCCCUCUGGCCCAGUCACCAAUGACUCCCUCGCCGCCGAGUCCGUUCGCAGCGGCGGUGCCUUCUCUGGAAACCGUGGCGCCGAGCCUAUGGGCGUCUCCGGCAACCAGUCAACUGUAAACAACACCGAUACCUCAGCCGCAAAGACUCUCCCCUCUGCCCCCGUUGGUAGUGCUCGUGACGACAACCAGCGCCAGGAAAAGUACCCCGAAGCCCUGGGUGGCCAGGGUAAAUUCCCCGGCGCUCAUAUCAACGGCUACGCUGGCGGUCCAACCGCUGCCAAGCAGCAGAUGGGCAUGCACAGCGGUGAAUACGCGGCCUCGCAGCACCUGCCAGGUCAGGCCGCUGCCAGCGGUAGCAGCAAGUGCAAUGCCGGCCAGGCACCCUCCUAUAUCAACAACGUGACUGGCGCCUACCAGGGUCAGAAGCACAAGGGCGAGAAACUGCACCAGGGUGACUUCGAUUCUGCCGACAACGAGAACGCAAGCUUCACCUCGGAGAUUGGAUCUGAGAUGGACCCUGGUCGUGCUGCGGAGAUCAAGUUCUCGAGUCGAGUGGCCGAGAGUGGUGCGAGUGCUCCCGGGCCCCGUCAGCAGAAGGGUGUUGACAACCAAAACCUUUACCAGACCUUGAAGUCUGACCAGCGUGCCUAA